AUGAGAAAAACUUAGCUAUUUUUAGUUUUUUUAUCGGCAUUUUUAAUUAUCGCCUCUGCAUAAUUACAAAAGAACAUGCUUGGAGAAUACUUUCAAAGGAAUCUCUAAGCUGCUGCUGGAGUAUGUAACACAACUUAGUACCAAAGUGGAACAUUAUGCAAAAAUUGUCCAAUUCAAUGUGCUGGCUGUGUCCCACCACUUGGAUCCUGUGAAAGAUGUCCUGCACCAACUCUUACUAACAGGAAUAUAUCUUACUUAGUAGGUAUACCUCAAUCUAAUUUGACAACCUGCAUGGUAAAUUCAAUGCUUUGUCCAAUUAGUGAAGAUCCAUUCUGUCUAAGUUAAUGUAUUUUCGAUAUGAAUACAACUACAUCAGGCACAAGUACCACUCCUGGAACUUCUCCUCCAUCUGGUUCAACAGGUCCACCACCAACAAGUACUACAACUACUCUUGCACCUUCCUGCUCAAAUUGCAUUCGAGGGACCAUGGUUCAAUAAUUUUCAGAUCCAAUUACUAAAAUCACCAAAUAAAAAUGCUUGCCCUGUCCUAUCGAUAACUGUGCUCACUGUGGUAUAGAUCUAAAAUCUCAAAAGCCAGUUUGCUUUGAAUGUGAAAAGAAAUAUAUGAUGAUAAAUGACACAACUGGCCAAAUAACAUGCUCAAGAGAUCAAAAUUUGCGCUGCCCAGCAUUUUGUAAAUGUGAUAAUAGUCUUCCUCCGUUAUGCCUAGGUUGUAAUGAUACUACCUUUGUUUUAAGAAAGGAAGUUGGCCUAUCAGUUUUUAACAUUUGUGCUCCAGCUAAUACUACUGAUUAGAACAUACCUUGCUCACCAAAUUGUAUAUAGUGCAAUACUUAAAAUGGUGUAUGCCUCAAAUGCAGGGAGAAAUUUGCUCCUAUUUAUAACCCUAUUACCUUCUAAUAUUCUUGCGAAAUGCCCUGCGGUGAGGGAUGCUUGAAUUGUAAUGAAACUACUAGAAGUUGCUUGACAUGUGACACUGAGAAAAACUUCACAGCCUUUUUUAUAAAUAGUACCACAAGCAGAUGCUUCGACAAGAGUAAAAUGUGUUAACCAGAAUGCACAAACUGCGACACUAGUAAUCCUUAAUUUAUUUCAACUGCUUCAAUUGGAACUUGCAAAGAGUGCUAGAAGGGAACAUUCCUUAGUAAUAGAACCUGCUUAAAAUGCCAAGAUUUAUGUUCAUCAUGCAAUUCAGCAACUGGGUCAUGUUUAGAGUGUAAGGAUCCCAGAAAUACUUUGGUCACUUAAAAAGAUGGGUUUAGCAUUUGCACUGACAGAAAAUGCUCUUCUUAAUGCACUACUUGUGAUAUCUAAAAUGGAAUAACUACAUCAGGUGCACCAAUUUGCUUGAAGUGUAAUGAUGGAUUCUUCGUAUCCUCCUCCACCAAAGAUUGCACUCCAUGUCCCCUAAAUUGUGGUGUAUGUGAUGUCAAUGGUACCUGUUCCUCGUGUAAAACAGGAUUUACCCUAGUUUAAACCACUAACUAGUGUGUUACUGGUUCUACCUCAGGCACCUGCAUUGUUCCUUACUGCGAAACUUGUAAUUCUAUCUCUAAUUCUACUUGUUUGUAAUGUAAGGCUGGGUAUAAUCAUAAUAUGAAUGGAAGCAAAUGUGAGUGUGGUAUCACUCUUGCCUAUAAAGGUCAAAGAUACACUCCAGAUUGGUCUUAGAUAGUAGUAUAAUGGAAAGGACAGAUUAGAGCGAAUUUGACUAAAGCACCAGAUGUAACUACCCCUGCUAAAUUAUGCACUUUUAUUCUAGCUGCUGAUUCUCUAACUGCGAUUGAUCAAACUAACUAGCAGCAUCAAUGCUAUAUUAAAUACGAUGAGUAGUUGACUGUUUUCCUUCUAGUCUUGAAUUCUACAUUUACCCCGACUAGUUACACAAUAGGAUUCUAAAGAACUUCUCUUUUCUCUCCUAGUUGCGAAUCUCCUCUAAUGGCAAGUGAGUUCGAAAAAAUUGCAUUAGAUAAAGGAGACCAAAUUGCUCCAUAAAUUGUGAUUGAAAUGCCCACAGCAAACAUACCUCUCGGUACUAAAAAUUUCAAAUUAAAUGCUCUUAGGAGUGCGGGAUUAUUUGGAAAGAAAGCUACCUUUACAUGGUCUGUAAUUUCCUUCCUACCAGCUGAAACCGUAAAAUAAACAGAAUUCUAAACUUUAAUUGGAUCAGGUUUGGCUGAAAUUCAAUUCAGUAGUACUGAUAUCGUUAAGUAUAUGGGAAAGUCUAUAAAGAUGAAACUAUCUGUAUCAAAUUUCUUGGGACUAUCUAAUUCCACUGAAUUCAUGAUAAAUUUCUUAAACUACGAGGGUCUUAUUUGGAGAGAACUCCCUGAUAGUUUUGUUGUAAACCCAACAACUGACUUCGCUCUCUCACCUAAAAUGGGAAUCACUGCUACAACUUUAACUCAAGAUGUCAUCUAAAAGUUCACAAGACUUAUGAUUGUAUGCACACUUUUGUGGAGAAAUCCUAAUACUACAAGAUUUUAAGUAGUAUAUGAGUUAACAGGAUGUUAACUCUCAAGUGGUAUCAUGAAAUUUGGAAAUGAAUACAUUGUAAAUUUCCUGGGUUAUGAUCCUGUAGGGGAAUAUAGUCAAAAUAUUACAAAGAACAGCACCAUCCAGCUAGUUAAGCCUCCUCUUACUGCUAAGAUUAUUGGAGGAGAUUAAACAGCUGAUCCAGCAAAGGAUAUUCCAUUAUCGAUUCAAGGAACAAAUCUGGCGAAGGAACUAAUUUAUGCUUGGACUUGUUAUGAUCCUCAAACAGGCCUCAAUUGUAAAUCUAAAACUAGUGAUCAAAUAAUACUCUAUGGCACAGAGUCAGUUUUAAUCAAGGGAGGACUUCUUGAAAAUGGAAAAAGUUAUAAAAUUAAUUUCAUUGUGUCAGAUUCAACUGAUGUUAAUAGAAAAGCUGCCGAUUCAAUUUUAUUGACAACAAUUACAGCUAAAUAGACUCAAUUAGUAGUUAAAAUAGGAUCAGAAGCUGAGAAAUCAGGAAACACCAUUAACACAUAUGAUAAAUAGCUAUUCAUCUUAAAUAUAUUUGAUGCUAACAAUACCAGAAUCUAAAACAUUUCAUCAUUCAAUAAAACAUGGAAAAUCACUGACUCAAAUGAUAAAGACUUUGUUGACUACCAGACGAAUGCUGACGCUUUGCAAAUAAUGCCAUUGAAACUAAGUGCUAAUAAUAUCUAUCAAAUUUGCGUUGAAGUCUCGCCCUAAAAUGGAGUAGCAUUUGAAACUCUUUUUACCUUAUCUUGCUAGCCAACUUAGACUCUGAGUAUUCAAUUUGAAUAUGAGUUUGGUAUUGUAUAACUAAGUGUUGAUCCCGAUAAAGCAAUCAGACAAGUAUUUGUUCCUUUUGAAACAGCUUCUCAAACUCAAUCUAAGUAAUAUAAAAUCAAUCCUCCACCUGAAGGUUAAACGAGUAUAAGAGUUUAUGCAAAGUUAACCAGCCAAAAAGGUGAAAAAUACUUCCUAUUCUAAGAAGUAAAAGUUACUUUACCUGUACUUAAUGCAACUAAUGUAGCAUCAGAAGUUAAGUAAGCAAACUACGACAAUCUAAACGAAAUUUCGACCUAAUCUAAAAAGAUCGAUUAAGUAGUAGCUAAUCUUGAUGCUAAAUCUUAAAAAGCGGCUGCUCAAGGUUUACUAUAAGGCAUAGCUAAUUUUACAGUCUAAAAUACGCAAACAUAAAAUAAUAAAUAAAAAUAAACUGGAAGUUCUUAUACCUAAUCUUCAAGCCCAAGCUCUACCUCAACUACAUAAUCAUCAUCCUCAUCUAGCUCAACAUCUUCCUCAUCAACUACUACAACAUCAGACUAAAAUACAAUUACUAUUGCUCAGUCCUUGCAGACAGUUACUAGCCUGUAUAAAUAAAAUCCAGAAAUUCUAACUAAAGAAGACAAGGAAUAACUUAGACAAGUAAUAAAAACUAUGAUAGGAUUAGACGACUCUGAUUCUUAAUAUUAUGCGAGUGUUGGAGAUGAAGCUUCUGCAUCUAAGAAUUAGUCUUCUACUUUAAAAACUCAGAACUCUUAAGGAUCUAAAGAUUAAGGCAGCUCAGUUGCACCACCAAAGGAUAGCUCUUCAUAAUCACAAAAUGAAACAAAGAUGGUUACAAAAUAUGAUAGUACAACUGCUUAAGCUAUUUUAAAGGUAUGUGAUGACUUAUUAAUUGCUGAAAACAAAGCUAAUCAAAGUGAUGAGGCAUUGAAAAAACAGGCUUUUGUUGGGAUUAAAAAAGUAUUGUCUGGAUCUCUAUCUGGUGUCGAUUCUACAUUUUCAUAUUCUUCAGAGAAUUUAAACGCUUAAGCAAUCAAAUUUGAAUCAGGAUCAUCAAAAGCAGGAAACUAAACACUCUAAAUAAAAGAUCCUAAUUCAAACUCAACUGAGAAACUCAAUAUUUCAUUACCAUCAGGUGAUGUAUGUAAAGGAGAGACGUGUUCGAUACAUAUAAUUACUAUCAAAUCGUCACCAAAUAAUGCCUCGUCAUAAAACUAAGGAGAAAUUAUUGCAAGUACAGUCAGCAUAUCCUUUGAGCAAUCUAGUUCAGUAGCAUCUGAUUCUAGUCAAAUUAUGGUAAAGAAAGUAAAGGUUUCAAAUUUGGUGGAGCCUAUCUAAAUUUAAAUGAAAUUUGAUAUUACAAAGGUAUAAAAUGGAACUAAAUAGAGAUGUGUAUACAUUGAUACUGUCUUAGGAUAAAUGAGUGAUGCAGGGGUGAUAACAUCUAUUGAUAAUGUUACUGGUGCUGUCAAUUGCUCAGCAUAUCACUUGACUGAUUUUAGUAUUGAAUCAUAUGACCCUGAAGUUGCAGCUAAAAAUAGAAUGAGCUCUAAUAUCUAUAAGAUUAAGAAAUUUUCAGCUAUUGAAGUUGAUUAAUCGUUCCCAGUUAUUGGCAUAAUCUUAAUCGGAGUAAAGCUAGAUAAAUCAGAUGAAAAGUUAAAAAAUAAAUCUAAAAAGCUAUUGAGACUCAAAGAUAUUUUAUACUUUAAUUCUUACUAAGAGGGCUAAUAAAUUUUUAAAGAAUAGAUAAAAAGACUUGAGGAAAGCAAAAGAGAUUUGAAACAAAGCUUUGACGAAUCUUAAGAUGCUGAUUCAAAAGAUAAUAAUCUAGCAAGAUCUAAAUUCGAUCCAGAUCAUUUAAUCUAGCUUAAGAAGCAAUUGAAGACAUCUGACAUUAUAUAACUAUCUCUAAAAAAUCAGCACAGACUUACUUAAAUUAUCAAUUUUUAUGAUCAAGACAUUCCAAGAUGUGUUAAAGCUCUUAUUCUUGGUGUAACUUUAUUCAUUCAUCUUUGCAUUGGAGGAUUAUACAGUGCUUCAGAUGAUGUUUCAAUUGGUUAAGCAAUUAAUGCUGCUAUUAUCAGUUUGGCUAUUCAAAAAAUACUUUUACUUCUGUUCAGAGUGCUUAUAAAGAAAGCUGAUAGAAGUGAAAAAGCAAAAAGAUAUAUUGAUGAGAACAUUGAAAAUGAGGAAACUGAACCAGAUCAAGACAAGGUCAAUUAAAAUAAAGUAUCAAAUCUUAAACCUCUAAAUCCAGAUAAGAGAUCUGAUGGAGAGAAAUUAAGCUUGACUCUGGCUGUGAUUAUUGCUAUUUUGUUAAUUGGAGGCUGUAUCUUUAUGUCCUUGAUGAUUGCAGGUUCCUUAGAUGAAUCAGAUAACAUGCAAUGGACGAUUAACUUUGUUCUUGCUAUCAUUAUUGAUUUAUUGAUUUUAGAAAGUAUUCUAGUUGCUAUUGGCGGCUUUUUUACUUCUUUAGUAGGUAAAGACCCAAUUGCUCUUGGAGGAAUGAGAAAUUUGAUAUUAGCCUUGGGUCCUAAGGCAAUUAGACAAGUUUUUGUUCCUUAAAAAUAACAAUAAGCUCAAUAAAAAUAAGCAUAUUAGCAAUAAUGA